AUCCCUUCACUUUCCCUGCAGUCUCGGCCUGUCUCUCAAACUUUCGGUUUCAAAAUUUUAACGUAUUUAUUGUUUAGGCCAUCUUUUAGGGAUAUAAACCAAAAAUGAGAAGAGAAAUCUUACGGCCUAUUCGUUGUCUGAACCAUCUGAACCUCCACAGAUCGUUCGCCAGUAAGUGCGGUGGAAAAAAGAGUGAUGGAAAAAAGUCUGAUGAAAAAAAGAAAAAUGCGUUCAGUUCGUUGAUGAAGCCAAUAAAGGAAUUCAAAAGAAAACCAGGCUUCAAGAUCACCGUCGUGGGUGCCGGCCAGGUGGGACUGGCCUGUUGUGCGUUUCUGUUGCAGCGCCGGCUGGCCAAGGAACUGGUCAUCAUGGACAUUCAAUACGAAAGGGCCCAGGCCGAGGCUAGGGAUUUCAAUCAUGCCGCUGUGUUUCUGACGGAUCCCAAGAUUACGGCCUGCGGCGAUGGUGUGAACACCAAGGACUCGGACGUGGUGAUCGUUACGGCGGGUGUUCGACCCGGAAAGAAGUCGCGCCUGGAGGUCAUGCACGACACGAUCAAGAUAUUCAAGGAACUCGUUCCCAAAUUGGUUUCGUUCAGUCCAAAUGCCAUUUACCUGGUCGUGUCCAAUCCAGCCGACGUGAUGACUCAUGCUUUCCAGAAGAUCGGUAAAAUUCCCAAACAUCGCUGCUUCAGCACUGGCUGCCAUUUGGAUACGGCCCGGUUUCGGUACUUUAUCGCCCAACGGCUCAAGGUGCCCACAACGGCGGUGAAGGGUUUUGUGAUUGGCGAGCACGGCGACAGUGCUGUGCCCGUGUGGUCCGGUGUGCAAGUGGCCGGAGCGUGCCUUAAGGAUAUCGUCAAGAAUCCGGGAUGUGGCCCGGAUCCGGAGAAGUGGGCGGAGAUCAAUAAGGAGGUGACUUGCGGCGGUUCAUCGGUAAGCAGUGUCAAGGGUUAUACCAACUGGGCCGUGGCUCUCACCGCCGUGGACGUAGUGGCGGCCAUAGCUGGUCCCUACGGCAGGAUCAUGAGUAUCGGCACGGACAUGAAGGGCAUUCAUGACAUCGAGGAGAACGUCGUCCUUUCCAUGCCCUGCAUGGUCACCCCCUCCGGCAUCAGUCACAUCUUCGAGAUUCCACUCAGCCAUGGGGAGUUCGAAAUGUUACACAAAUCCGCUAAAAUUCUCUUCAAAGCCCAGUGCGAACUGGGACUUUAGACUUUCUUGGAAUGGUGAUUGGAAAGUUAUUUAUUUUUUAGGAAUUUGCCGAGAAUGUUCCUGCCUUCCCGUUUUUUUUUUUUUGGGAAGAUAGCCAAGGUGCGAAAAAAGGUUUACUGAAAUUAUGUUUUAUUUUUUUUUUAAUUCCGUUUGACAAUCAAAAUUUAUUUUUUCCAACUUAUAAUAAUUAUUAA